CUUUCUCUUCUUAUGGGUCUUUCUUAGAUCAUGGGUUUGAGGUAGGUUUCAAAGAAGAUUAGGGUUUUUUUCUGCGUCUUGUGUCUGUUUCCACAUUUAAGAAUCUUCGGUCACGGCACAGUGAUUUUUCAGUUCUUCUGACAAUAGGCAUCCCGAUUCCCAUACUGGGUCUUUUUCCUAUUUGUUUUCUGAGCUAAAUUUCGAUUUCCUCUUUAAAAAUUUCUUUCUUUGGUGUUUCUACUUAGAUCUCUUUACCCUUACAGCCUCUCUCUCUCUCAAAGUUCAUGAAUCUCUGUAGCUGCAUACCCCAAAACAACAAAUAAGUUCAGAGAGAGAGAGAGAGAGAGAUGGGUCAUCAUUUCUGUAGAGCCGUGUGAACUCACAGUCCAUAUUAGAGUCUUCGGAAACUUCAUUCGGGGAAGAGCGCAAAUGGGUUUACCCUAAUCUAUUAGUUGCUGAAGAUAAACAAUAAAGAAGCACCAGAGAGAGAGAGAGAGAGAGAGAGAGAGAGACUGAAAAGUAGGGGCUUGCAGGGUGGGGAUGAGGGUCGACAUGGUACGAAGACAAGCAGCCAAUGGGAAUGCGUGGCUUUUUCGUGCAUGGGGAGUAAGCAAAGCAAACGAUUGGCUGCUGGUCGUGAUGUUUUUUACAGUGUUGCAGAGAUACGGAAGUGUCAAAACAACAAUUGAAAGGUACAAAAAGGCUUGUGCAGCUUCUUCCAACUCUGGCUCUACUUCGGAAGCAGAUGCUCAGUUCUACCAGCAAGAAGCCUCCAAACUACGUCAACAAAUAGGCUAUCUACAGAACAAUCAAAGGCAAUUGAUGGGAGAGGCUCUUAGCUCAAUGAGUAUUAAGGAGCUCAAGCAGCUGGAGACCAGACUUGAAAAAGGCAUUAACAGAAUCCGAUCAAAGAAGAACGAGUUGUUGUUUGCAGAAAUCGAGUACAUGCAGAAAAAGGAGAUUGACUUGCAAAACGAUAACAUGUAUCUUCGAGCUAAGAUAGCUGAGAAUGAGAGAGCUCAACAAAUGGGUGUGAUGCCAACAUCUGAAUAUGAAAGCAUGCCUCCCCAACUGGCUUCAUUUGAUAACAGGAACUUCCUCCAAGUAAAUCUAAUGCAGCCCACCCACCAUUACUCCCGUCAGGAGCCAACUGCCCUCCAGCUAGGUUAAAAUGCUUGAAGACAAAUAGUUCUGGUUCUCAACUCUUAGUUCCUUAACUUGCUUUCUUUCAUGUUAGGAGAAUCAGUGAAGCUUCAGGUAUCUGAAAAUGCUAAGAACCAGGUGGCCCAAAUGGGGGUUUUAGCAUUUUCUAUGUAGGUGGUCAUAAGACUCAUAAUCCUGUAAUGUUAGAGAAGGAUUUAUUUUGAACUUAUUGUAUUUGUUGUGCGAAAAAUUCCCUACUAGCUUGGAUACUUAAUUUCUUGCUCUGGUAUUAGUUCUCUUCUUCAUUUGCUUAUAAUUCUUGUAAUGUGUAUGCAUUUGCCACAUCUUUUCACCAUUUUGUUAUAUAUUAGGUUCUAUCAUGAAUUACUCUAA